GAGAGCGGACAAGCUGUUCUUUACAUAUUCGCAUGAUAUUUUAGAAAUGAAUAAAGAAAAACUAACACGUCAUUAAUAACACUUGGCUACAACGACAUUACUCCAAGUGACUCGUGACUUUUCAUUCAGUUUUUUUUUCUUUUUUUUAUUAAGAAAGCAUGAUUUCGGUUUGUCCUUGUGACCCUUUAAUGCGGCACAUGAUCUCCAGAGAGACUGCUGCUUCAGUCUGACUUACUCCCCCCUUUGCCCUUCUGUCUUUUAGUGUGGCAUCUUUAUAAACUAACAGAUAAAGUUGCCGGAAAAUUAGCACAAUUUAUUUACAGUAAAAACCUGCCCUCUGCAUAAACAACUGCAUGCAUGUGUUUAUGGCGAACAGAUGUGUUGCAUGACCCCCACAGCUGCUCUGAAAUAACCACAAUGACUAAACACACAUGCAUAUCCCCCAGCAUAAUCUUAAUUAAUGGGGUAUAGGUCAUAUCGUGGGGAAAAUGGGUUGUUUCAUUCUUGUCUAUUCUAUGUCUAUUUUACUCAGAUCUUUACCCUUAAACUAAAACCAAUUAGGGCUGCGUCCAUACAACUCGAAUGAUUUUAGCAGUUUCUACAGGUUUGUAGCCCAAACUCAUUCACUAUUAAUUCAAUAAACUAUUGGAAAAGUUUUUAGUGACUGAGUAAAUAACUUAGAGUACAAUAUUUCCUCCGAUGCUUAUAAAAAUCUUCCCAUAAUGACUUAAUGCAACUAAAUAUAUACAAAAAAAUUUUCCCACUGUAAUCCCUUUAUCUUUUUUUAUCUAUCAGAAAAAUGUGUUGGACACUGCAGUGCACAUUUGCAAUGCAAUCUCGAGCAAGAUGGGUUUGGUUGGCUGGUGUUUAAUUUGUCUCCACAUAAGAUUUACAUUAAAUAAGAGGCAGCUAUUAAAAGCAUUUGUAACAAGAUGAUAAAUGGUGCAGUGGCAGUUUUGUUAUGAGCAGAUGAUCAAACGUGUCAUAUGCCUCAGUGGUUUGUGAAUAUUCAAGAAUGUCAGCUUCUUUUUUUCUGCGUUACCCAGCAGAUGCAAUAGGCUGAGAUAAUUGGUGUACAUCUAAUUUACCAUAUAAAUGACAAAACAUCAGACUACUUAUUUUCUUGAUGAAUGGUUGAUGUUGAAUAUUUUUGUUUAUUUUGAAUCAUAUAUGAGGAGAACUACACACUCAAUCCCAUAGAACUGUAAGUGUUACAGAAAGAGACAUUUUUGUUGCUAAUCAUCCUCUUGUGUCUUAUUUAUUAAGCUAAAUCAUUUUUGCUAUAUGUCGUAAUUUGUUAAUGCACAACAGUAUUACACAGAGUGCACAACAGCUGUACUCUAUCUUUCCAUGUGCUAAAUAUCUGUUGGCUUGGUCAGACAUUGGAAAUUCAUUUGCUCACUUUAAAAACUCCCAUGGGUUUGAAGACUCACUCAUUUAAUUUGGUGCAGUUGUCUUAUCUGACCAGUUCUAGAUGACUUGGAACAUCCACGAGCUUAGUCACUGACCCUGUGACGUCUGAAUGACCUGAAAGUUUAUGUUCUGCAAUCUCUACCCAAAGGAAGGUUUAAACUCACUCCAUGUGUAAAGAGGCCUUUGUGGUUGUGGCAUGCGGCAAGGUGGUGCAAGACAGCGCUGAGUUUUCCUUCCAGUGAAAACGUGUCUUAGUACACAGGCUGUUCACCUUUUCAUUACGUGCCGUUCCACGUCAACAGUGCUCUAUUGGAGCUGUAAACUUCCCAUUCCCACUCAGAGAAUUUCACAGGGAGUGUCUAACCAUUCCCCGUGUUUAGACUGCAGUCAUCUGAACUGGCUUCUGUUCUCAAACAUGGCCCUGGACAGAAGUUGUAACAGGAUGUGAGAAGCGGACCUCCAGGUGUGAAACACAGAAAGGCAAAGACAUUAAAGAAUUGAGAAAACAGUGGUCAUCCAACUGGGUUUCCAACAGGAUUUGGCAUCUUAUCGUAACCUGAUGCAGUUAAAUGAAAAGGUUGGCCUGUUACUUAUGGAUCUUAACCCCCACCUCCACCCCACAACCUCCCAAAAAACAGCAGUUUGAUGAUGCUUUGCAAAUAUCCUCCAGGUGGAGGCUGCCUCAUUUGCUCUUGCUGUGGUAUUGACCCAACACUAGCAGACAAGGAUAAAACAUUUGCUACAACAGGGAACACAAAUAACUGGAUGGCUCUUUAAGAACGCAACUGGUGACUUGGCGAGAUUGGCAGAAGCUAUUAAGAAGCAGUCUGUAAAAGCAUAUCCAGGCUCAGCCACAUCCAAGAAUGAAGAUCAAAUACACUCUACCCAUUGUCUUUUUUAUGGCACUUGUUAUCAUUGAGAAAGAAAACAACAUUAUCUCAAGGGUGUCAGAUAAGCUAAAGCAGACCCCUCAAACCUCUCAACAACCCAGCAGUUUGUCCAACGUACUGCUGAAGCACAGUAGUUUCCGUCUGUCAAUCAGCAAGAGGAAUGUCACGCUGAUGAAGCCGCGGGUGGAGGACUACAGCGAGCACCGAGGGGCAUUGAGAAGGGGUAGAAAACACAUUCUCCUGCUAACCACGACUAGGACAGGCUCUUCAUUUGUGGGCGAGUUUUUCAACCAGCAGGGAGAAAACAUGUUUUACCUGUUUGAGCCUCUGUGGCACGUGGAAAAGAUGUUGACUUUGGACACUGGAGGCACCAAUGCUACAGCGGCAGCCAAAGCAUACCGUGAUGUGCUCCAAAAACUCUUCCUAUGUGACUUUUCUUUGCUAGAAACCUUCAUCGACCCCCUUCCCGUGGACCACAUCACCCCAGCCCUGUUUCGCAGGGAGUCCAGCAGCUCUCUGUGUGCGAAGUCUGUCUGCAGCCCUGUUGUCAAAGGGGUUUUUGAACGAUAUCACUGUAAGACCAGACGCUGUGGUCCCCUGAACCUGACAAUGGCGUCUGAAUCCUGCCUUAAGAAAGAGCACAUUGCCAUCAAGUCGGUACGAGUGCGCCAGCUCGAGACUCUGCGUCCUUUGGCUGAGGACACACGUCUUGAUGUAAAAUUCAUCCAGCUGGUUCGCGAUCCCCGGGCUAUCUUGGCAUCACGUAUGGUGGCCUUUGCAGCCAAAUACAAGAACUGGAAGGAGUGGGCCAUGGGUGGAAAUGUUCCUAUUGACGAUGACGAGGUGAGGAAGUUAAAAGGAAAUUGCGACAAUAUCAAAAUGUCUGCCGAGUUCGGCCUCAGACAGCCAUUUUGGCUGCGCAGGCGAUACAUGCUGGUGCGGUAUGAGGACAUUGCUCGGUUCCCCAUGAAGAAAGCAACCGAGAUGUACAAGUUUACUGGAAUCCCAUUCACUCCACAAGUGAAAUCCUGGAUUCUGAAGAACACCCAGGCCUCGAAGGAGACAAGCGGAGUUUACUCUACACAGAAAAACUCAUCUGAACAAGUGGAGAAAUGGAGGUUCAAGCUUCCAUUCAAGAUAGCCCAAGUGGUACAGAGAGUUUGUGGACCAACAAUGAAGCUUUUUGGGUACAAAUUUGUGAGCAGUGAGGAAAUGCUAACAGAUAAAUCUAUCAGUCUCAUUGAGGACAAAGUGUUCAGCUUUUUAUAGAUUUUAAAAAAUGUUAACUCCAACACUUGAUGCAGAAAAUUUCAACCUUUCUAAAGCCUCUGUGAUAAAUUAUUUUUAUGAA